AUGGAAUCAAAGAUGCUGUGUCGAAGUGACUCCGAGUCGUUUUCACUUUCCAUAUCCCAAAGAUCGCCAUCCCCACCUCCCCCAGACUACAAAUCACAUUACCAUUGCCCUCCACUACAGUCUAAUCCUCCGAUGAUGUUCUUACCACCGUCAACAUCCGGUGGUCCUCCCCGGCCUAUCAAUGUCUCCAAACCAACUGGCAGUUUGCGAGAUUUGAAGCUCAUACCCCCCAGAUUCGAAUUGUCAGACUCCGAGUCCGUUACCGGGAAUAGCUCACGAUCAAAAGACGCCCUCGAGCUAAUCUACAACAUUCGUACCUCAACUUUCCGUCGUGCAUUGCGCUCUGAGCUACUCCGAGAGAGAACACCACCAGCACCUCCCUCACAGCAAGAAAACCGCGGCAUGUCAGGGCUUAAGAAGCGGAAGGCAACGAUUGCAGAUGGACAAGGACACGGGGAUUUCUUCUACUUGGAUAACUUCAACCCACCGCUACUUGUUGAUGGUAGGAAGACUGUCAUGCCUUUACCAAGAUUCAAAAGAACUGUCAAAGUCUAUUACCGGAGAUCGGCGAGGGCAACCGACCGGGAGAAAGAUGCGCCUCCUGUUAGGGGGGAGACGGAGGUGAUUAUUAGGAGGUUAAAGUUGCCAAUCAGUGUCUGGUUUCAGAGGAAUGUGCUGGGACAGUGGGAGGAGUUGUGGGUUGAGAUGUGUUGA